AGAAAACGAAGAGAUAAGCAUGUAGUUUUGAUAAGAAGAUGACGGGAGAUGAGAGUUAACAUGGCGCGUGUUAUUUAUGGACAUCACGUCUACGUCUGACCGCCAGAUGGAUGAAAAACGGGUUCUCACAAAAGCUGACUACAUCCCGUUAAAAGAAGUAACAGGGAGGGUAGAAUCUCAGAGCGGUUCACUUGACGAGAGAAAGUACACUGUUGAUGAGGCUCUCAGGGAAAUUGGGCUGGGUGUUUACCAUCUUAAAUGGAUCCCUGUAAUAGCAAUGUCUGGUUUCACCCAGUCCUCGAUGAUCGCUCUGGCUCCUCUUCUUAUUACAUCUCUCCAAUGUCAGUGGGAUCUCAACAUACCCAUCCAGAUCCUUCUUCUCUUCGUCAUCUUCUUCGGCAGUUUCCCUGGAGAUGUUCUGUCUGGGGUACUGUCGGAUAAAUACGGGAGAAAGUUACCGCUGAUAGUGGGACAGUUGUUGCUGCUGAUAUUCACUGUCUUAUCAACUGUGAGCUUCAACUACGUCUUCUUCUCCGUCUGUUACUUCUUCAUCGGGGUCGCUAUAGGUAUGCUAAUGUGCUUGUCAGUAGUGCUCCUCUCGGAGUUGUCUCCCCCUAACUUCAGAUCCUACUCAGUAACCCUCUUCCUUCUGUCAUGGGUCCUAGGAGCGCUUUACUCCUGCGCUGUCACUUAUGGACUCCUUAAUAAACAUGGCUGGGAGAUAGUCACGUUUGUGGUCGCGAUUCCACACAUUCUGAUUACUAUUGUUAUUCUACUGGUGGACGAAUCUCCGAAAUACCUGGCCAUUACAGGUCAGAUAGCAGGAGCAGAACAGGUACUGAACAGAAUGGCGGUUCAGAACAAUUCAGACUUUGAGAUCGUUGGAAAACUUUGUAUGAGGAUAGAAAACAACAGAGGAAGUUUAGGGGAGGUUAUAGCGCCUGAAUACCGUAAAGAGUUCGCUCUCUUAUCUCUAUCUCUGGGAUUUGUGGGUCUUAUCGUCUCCUCGAGUUACGCGAUGACCCCUUACGUAAUGAAAAGUAACCACUGUAAUUAUUUCAACUCAACAGACUUCAGCGCUGAAAAGUGUAAGAUCCCCGAAGCCAUGCUCAAAGAAACAGCAAUAAUAACAACCUCGGAGAUAGUGAUGUUGCCGAUAUUUGCUUUUGUUAACGAACUGUUUGGAAGGCUCAAAACACUCCGGCUUCUCUCAGCCUUGCUUCUCCUCUCCAGCUUCCUAUUAGUGUUUUGUUUAGGAAGUGCAGUGUUUGUUUCCUGCCUGUAUGUCCAGAGAGGUGCCGCUCAAUCUCUGUUGCUCAUUCUCCUUAUCUACACUCCUGAGUGCUUCCCAACUCACAUCAGAGGAGUAGGAUGCGGACUGACUAUGCUGUUUCUGUUUCUAGGAGGUCUGAUCUCCUCUACCAUGGUCUACCCUGUGGGGGUCCAACACGGCUUCUCUCACCUGGAGAUAGCCCUGACUCUGGCUGCUUUCUGUACUCUGGUAUCCGUGUCCUUCCUUACUAACGAAACUAGGGGCACUGAUCUGCCUUAGUAGGCCUUUAGUGGGCAGUUCAGACGGUGUGGAUUUACCGUGGUGUCUGCACAAUGCACAUACUGCUGCUUCUGCUGUGGACAAUUCAGACGGGGACCUUCAGUUGCUCGACUACUUCAGAGCGGUGCUGCUCACUCUCUUGCUCACUCUCUUGCCUACUUUCAGAGAGGUGCUGCUCACUCUCUUGCUCACUCUCUUGCCUACUUCAAGAGAGGUGCUGCUCACUCUCUUGCUCACUCUCUUGACUACUUCAGAGAGGUGCUGCUCACUCUCUUGCUCACUCUCUUGACUACUUCAAGAGCGGUGCUGCUCAUUCUCUUGCUCAUUCUCUUCCUCAUUCUCUAAUCUCUUGCUCGUUCGGUUGCACUCGUUUUUAAAACUUGACCUUUUUCCCGUAAUUAUUUCCUUGUGAACGUUUCAUGACACUGUGUCCAAUAAAAGUGCACAUUUUUAUCAGAUAAAUGCCCCUAAUUCAAGUUUGUAAGUAAUUAAUUUGAACUGGCGAAUAAUUAUUUUAUUUAUGUAAUAUUUAUCCAGUUCCUGUUUUUAAUCUUGUUAUUAAUCAUUUGUAGAUAAGUUCUACUUUAUUUGAAUUUAGUU